GUGGCAGAAAAUGGAUGGAUGGAUGGAAGGUUGAUUCCAAACUGAUUCAAAGUAAUAAUACAAAUAUGGAUGUAAAUUGACAUACAGAUGAUGGUUGAGUCAACAUUGAUAUAAUGUCAGUUAUGGUUGAAACCCUAAUGUUGAGUCAACAUACAAGUCACCAACCACUUUCAAUGUUUCAAUGUCGGCCUUCAAUGUUGAAUCAAUGUCUCUGCCUGACAUUGAUUCAAUGUUGUUUCAAUCAUUCUGUGCCAUCUGGGACAUAACUGCAGUACGAUUAUUGCAUAGUAGAGUUGAGGGUGAUUUUGCUUCUGGUUUUGAGUCUAAAGAUAGGAGAUCAUAAGAAAAAAAUGUAAAUGAAUUAAAUAUUGAGGAAGGGGAAUACAAGAAUAAACUAUAAAAAUAGAGCUCAAAGAAAUAACUAAUAUGGCAAAAGCUAUAAAGUCUAAAUUAUCCACAAGAAACGAUAAAACCAAAAUGCCAAACACCCAAAAUUUGUGGCACAACAGUGAAAGCUCAAACAUUUUGGUGAAAUCUACUCAACGGAAUCAGAAAUGAAUACAUCAGAGGAACAGCUCAUGUCAGAUGUGUAGGAGAUAAAGUCCGAGAAGCCAGAUGGAGACGGUUUGGACAUGUACAGAGGAGAAAAACUAAAUGCAUCGGUAGAAGGGUGCUGAGGAUGGACCUGCCAGGAAAGAGACCGAGAGGAGGACCAAAGAGGAGAUUUAUGGAUGGAGUGAAAGAGGACAUGAAGGUAGUUGGUGUGAGAGAAGAAGAUGCGGAAGACAGGGUUACAUGGAGACGGAUGACUUCGCUGUGGCGGCGACCCCUAAAGGGAAAAAGCCGAAAGGAAAAGAAGAAUGCUACUUAAAGUUUUUUUUGCCAACCACCAAAAAAAGGAAGGAGAAGAAGAAUCUUCCGAUGAAUGGACGCCUCCCCCUACGUAGAUUUGCUUUAGAAUCCGACAAGGCCAUCUGUUCUCCGGUCCCGCCAACACUCCGCUCCACAAUAAUCCAGUCCUUUUUAUCCCUAAUCCCUCCGCGGUUCCAACGCUGUGAUUGGAUGCUGACUGCUUGUGAGGAAGAAAGGAGUGUUGUGUUGAGGCCGAAAACAGGACCACAAGCAAUAAUUAUACAGUAUUGGGUGAUUUGUUAAUAAAUGGUGGAGGUGCAGGAUCCCCGCGGUCAGACCAGACAGACCGGUGUUUCUCUCCCCACUCUGCGUCGCUCACUACGGGUCACAGUGUUCCAAACCCACCGCUGCUUUAACCAGACAUGAUGGGGGUGCCGUGCGGCGACACAGACGGAAGCUUAUCUUAGCUCUUUAUCCUUCCUAUAGCACACAACACGACCCAGCUUUUGGUUCCGGUAACCUGAGGCUGUCGAACCUAGGAAAUACUGACACAUGGAGCAGCACAGAGUGGAGCCACCAUGUCGCCUUCUUUAAAACGGAUCCGGUGCUGAAACUGCAUAACGGCUUUUAGAAGCUGGUUUCCGUUUUCUCUAAAAUCAACCCGUUCAACCCUCUGCAUCAGUAAAAAUGUUACAAUGGGAGGAAAAUUGUGAGAAAUCAAGUGGACAAGUGCUUCACAGAGGUCAAUUUACCUCUCAACACUGACUUCAAUUCAGAAGAUGCUGGGAAUAUUUCGUGGACGAAGGAAGUUCCUGGCAGCCUCUCUUGUCUUGCUUUUCAUCCCUACAUUCACCUGGCUUUACCUGUCAAUUGGAAAUUUUCAAGUGAAGUCCUUACCCCUAUCUUCAUUGGAAGCACAGUCACCUUUACCACUGGGUGACGCUAAUGCACGGCUAGCCUUGGAGCUGAGAAUCCGAGCGGUGGAAGAGGAAAACAAGGCCCUGCGCCAGGAGCUCAGUCGUCCUCUCAGGAACUCGUCUGCUUCCUAUACAAACAUCACAAGCAAAGGAAACCAGAGCCGAACUCAUUUAGAAGAAGGAACCAGUAACAAUGAUGGACAAAAGAACGCUGCUGUGGGGAACAACUCCAACUGUUUACAACAUCAGUUAGUGGAUAAGUGUGAGACUAUCCAUGUGGCCAUCGUAUGUGCAGGUUACAACGCAAGUCGAGAUGUUGUAACAUUGGUGAAAUCUGUCCUUUUCCACAGACGGAAUGCUCUUCAUUUCCAUUUCAUCACAGACUCUAUUGCAAAGCAGAUUCUUUCCUAUUUGUUUAAUUCUUGGAUGGUCCCUGCUGUCAGGGUGAACUUCUAUGAUGCAGAUGAGCUUAAGUCCGAAGUGUCAUGGAUACCUAAUAAACACUACUCUGGUAUCUACGGACUAAUGAAACUGGUGCUCACCAAGACGCUACCCAUGAAUCUGCGCAGGGUCAUUGUUCUUGACACAGAUAUCACUUUUGCCACUGACAUUGCUGAGCUCUGGGCUGUCUUUCACAAGUUUAAAGGUCAGCAGGUUCUGGGUCUAGUAGAGAACCAGAGUGACUGGUAUCUGGGGAAUCUCUGGAAGAACCAUCGACCCUGGCCAGCACUAGGUAGAGGUUUCAACACUGGGGUUAUUUUACUUCUCCUGGAUCGGUUACGGAAGGUCAGAUGGGAGCAGAUGUGGCGACUGACUGCAGAAAGAGAACUAAUGAGCAUGCUGUCCACCUCAUUGGCAGACCAGGACAUCUUUAAUGCAGUGAUCAAGCAGAACCCGUUCCUUGUUUACCAGCUGCCCUGCUAUUGGAACGUUCAACUGUCAGACCACACUCGCUCUGAAAAAUGCUACAAAGAUGUAUCAGACCUGAAGGUGAUCCACUGGAACUCCCCUAAGAAGCUACGAGUCAAAAAUAAGCAUGUUGAGUUCUUUCGAAAUCUUUAUCUUACUUUUCUGGAGUAUGAUGGUAACCUGCUGCGACGGGAGCUGUUUGGCUGUCCAAGCGAAGCUGACCCCAACAGUGAAAAUCUGCAAAAGACUCUUUCCGAACUUGAUGAAGAUGACCCCUGUUAUGAAUUUCGGCGAGAGAGAUUUACAGUUCAUCGAACGCAUCUUUACUUUCUCCACUAUGAGUAUGAACCCAGUUCUGACCAAAGUGAUGUCACUCUCGUUGCCCAGCUAUCUAUGGACAGGCUCCAGAUGUUAGAGGCUAUCUGUAAGCACUGGGAAGGCCCCAUCAGUUUGGCCCUAUACCUUUCAGAUGCUGAGGCACAGCAGUUCCUGCGAUAUGCACAGGGAUCUGAGGUGCUGAUGGGCCGCGGAAAUGUAGGUUACCAUGUAGUCUACAAAGAGGGGCAAUUCUAUCCGGUCAAUCUCCUGCGAAACGUUGCCAUGCAGCAAGUCAACACAAACUAUAUGUUCCUAUCAGACAUUGAUUUCCUCCCCAUGUAUGGCCUCUAUGAGUAUCUCAGGAAAUCAGUGGUACAGCUUGACGUGGCCAACUCCAAAAAAGCCCUAGUAGUUCCAGCCUUUGAGACUUUGCGAUAUCGCCUCUCCUUCCCGAAGUCUAAGGCAGAAUUACUCUCCCAGCUGGACAUGGGCACACUCUUUACCUUUAGAUACCACGUGUGGACCAAAGGCCAUGCGCCAACUAACUUUGCCAAAUGGCGGACAGCCACCACACCUUACAAAGUGCUGUGGGAGGCUGACUUUGAGCCCUAUGUGAUGGUGAAGAGAGACAGCCCUGAGUAUGACCGUCGUUUUGUGGGCUUUGGCUGGAACAAGGUGGCUCAUAUCAUGGAGCUUGAUGCACAGGAGUACGAGUUUGUGGUCCUGCCAAAUGCAUAUAUGAUCCAUAUGCCCCAUGCUCCCAGCUUCGACAUCACAAAGUUUCGCUCCAAUAAGCAGUACCGGGUCUGCCUUAAGACCCUGAAGGAGGAGUUUCAGCAGAACAUGUCUCGUCGUUUUGGCUUUGCUGCUCUUAAGUACAUGACAGCUGAAAAUAACAGCUAGUCAGCACUCUAGGCUCAAAGUCCUCUGGAGCAGAACUACUCAAAAUGUUCAUGGAGUAGGAAAGUUAAACACACAUUUGAAUUACUUGAA